GUUACAUCCAAAACCUUCCGCCUCCGCUCUGUUCCCCUCGUUGUCGCUGCUCCUGUCGUUUCAACGCACGGUAGCAAGAUGAGCGGAGCAAACGGCAAAACGGGUCCUUCCUCCAGUGUGAUGGAGUGGAUCGGUACAGCUUGUCGGUUUGCAACGGACAGAAACGACUUCAGAAGGAAUCUACUGGUCAACCUGGGCUUAUUUGCAGCUGGUGUUUGGGUCGCAAGAAAUCUCUCAGAUUUUGACCUGAUGUCUCCUCAGCCCGUGACAUAACAUAUUCAAAAUACAACACCAAUUAAACCAGGAUAAUGGUGUCUUAGACCAACAAAGAAGAAUCAAGGGUUGUGAAUAAAUGACUUGUUUGACUUUGAAAACAAAUCAUGCUGGUGACCCAAAUCAGC